AUGGGACUUUGUAUGGUGAAAUAUAAGACUAUAACUACUCCCAUAGGAGUCCAAGGAGAUCCCGGAGUACCAGGAGAAGCAGGAGAAAGAGGACCCCAAGGACCACCAGGAGAAUCAGGAGAACGAGGUACAAAAGGCGAUAGAGGAGAAGUUGGGUAUGGUGAACCAGGAGACCCUGGACCGAUGGGAGUCCCAGGAGAUCUCGGACCACCUGGAGAAACAGGAGAAAGAGGUCCCCAAGGGCCAUCAGGAGAAUCAGGAGAAAAAGGUCCAAAAGGAGAUAGAGGAGAAAAUGGGUAUGGUGAACCAGGAGACACUGGACCGAUGGGAGUCCAAGGAGAGCCCGGAACACCAGGAGAAUCAGGAGAGAGAGGACCCAAAGGACCACCAGGAGAAUCAGGAGAAAUAGGUCUAAAAGGUCCAAAAGGUGAAGUUGGGUAUGGUGAACCAGGAGAUCCUGGACCGAUGGGAGUCCAAGGAGACCCUGGACCAAUAGGCGAAAUGGGAGCGAGAGGUCCAAAAGGUGAAGUUGGGUAUGGUGAACCAGGAGACCCUGGACCGAUGGGAAAACCAGGAGAUAUCGGACUACCUGGAAAAACAGGAGAAAGAGGUGCGCAAGGCCCACCAGGAGAAUCAGGAGAAAAAGGUCUAAAAGGUGAUAAAGGAGAAGUUGGGUAUGGUGAACCUGGAGACCCUGGACCGAUGGGAGUCCAAGGAGAGCCCGGAACACCAGGAGAAUCAGGAGAAAGAGGACCCCAAGGACCACUAGGAGAAUCAGGAGACAGAGGUCUAAAAGGUGAUAGAGGAGGAGUUGGGUAUGGUGAACCAGGAGACACUGGACCGAUGGGAGUCCAAGGAGACCCUGGACCAAUAGGCGAAAUGGGAGAAAGAGGUCCAAAAGGUGAAGUUGGGUAUGGUGAACCAGGAGACCCUGGACCGAUGGGAAAACCAGGAGAUAUCGGACUACCUGGAAAAACAGGAGAAAGAGGUCCACAAGGCCCACCAGGAGAAUCAGGAGAAAAAGGUCUAAAAGGUGAUAGAGGAGAAGUUGGGUAUGGUGAACCUGGAGACCCUGGACCGAUGGGAGUCCAAGGAGAGCCCGGAACACCUGGAGAAUCAGGAGAAAGAGGCCUAAAAGGUGAUAGAGGAGAAGUUGGGUAUGGUGAACCAGGAGACACUGGACCGAUGGGAGUCCAAGGAGACCCUGGACCAAUAGGCGAAAUGGGAGAAAGAGGACCAAAAGGUGAAAGGGGAGAAGUUGGGUAUGGUGAACCAGGAGACACUGGACCGAUGGGAAAACCAGGAGAUCCCGGGCCACCAGGAGAAUCAGGAGAAAGAGGUCUAACAGGUGAUAGAGGAGAAGUUGGGUAUGGUGAACCAGGAGACACUGGACCUAUGGGAGUCCCAGGAUAUCCUGGACCACCAGGAGAAUCGGGAAAAAGAGGACCCCAAGGACCACCAGGAGAAUCAGGAGAAAGAGGUCUAAAAGGUGAUAGAGGAGAAGAUGGGUAUGGUGAACCUGGAGACCCUGGACCGAUUGACAAAAAACCUACAAUUACUCAUAAUCAAACGCCCUUAUCAAGUCUAAAAGAUCGGCAUUAUUCAAAUAUUAGUUUUCAAAUACCUUCGGACCGACUAGCCGAGUCUGCUUAUUUGGACGCAACUUGUGCUCGAAUCAAUGUAUUAAGUCUACUAUAA